AUGGCUAACUCGGGUAUAUUCAAUGCGUCCUCGUCUAACCCUUAUUCUUUCCAAUUCGUACCUUACUCUGGACCACCUUCAGCCAAGCCGCGAAAGGUAGCAAUGACGCGUGACAAUAAUAAUCCUACACGCAGAGCCCGAUCCGUCAUUAGUCCUGCAUCCGGCCAUGCCGUGUCCCCAUUGCAAGGAUCGGUCCAUGUGGGCGAAGUGGCGUCGCAGUCGGUCACUGGCGUUUUCGAUUCCUUGCAGUCCGAUCCUGUGCACAGAAAUCAUGACCCACCCGAACCUCCAUCAAGCCCAAUACAUCCAGAGCAGAAGGGGGCGGUCGAGGCUUCUGAUACAUAUGAACCUGAUAGCGGCCAUGCAGUUGCUCCUUACAGUGGAAAUUGCGUCACGGAACAGCAGUUACACCAUGAAGAUGAGUGGGUAGAUGAAGCAACCCGUACCGAAAACGAGUCUUGCCAGCACGUGAGCGAAAGCCCUGGUCAUACGGCCCUCCCCAGAACUGGCGAUAGCCCAGAUUAUCCAAUCUCCAUUGGAUCCAUUAAAUCAGACGACUCUCUGUCUCCAGUGGAGGUAUUGCUUAAACGGCGACGAAGACAUGGACACAGCGUAAGCGUCAGCUCCGAUGUGAGUGGUAUCAACAAUUUCCCCACGGAUCGCGACCUGGCUGGCAGUUCGACAGUAGAGAAUAGAGAGCCGAAACGCCUGGCGUCUAACACGGACAAUCGAGCGUCGUCUUCUGACUAUACCAAAUCGCCCGAUCUGACGUGCAUUUCUCCACGCCCGGGCGAGACAGCUAUUGUGGAGAGUGAUGGUUGUGGAUAUUUUCAGAGUGAAGUCAACCCAAUAGCGUCAAAAGUCGGGAAGGCAGUAGUAGGGGGCGUGAAUGUCAUACCCGAGACACAAGAAGUGCAAGAGGACGAUCCGAAGAGCUGUCGCUGGCACAUCCACGAGACCAACAAACAUCUCUACGCGAGUGCUUCAGUGGCAAGGCAUACGAAGCGAGUCCGUCAAACGAGCGAAGAGCCUGGAGUUCGUCCCAAAAAAUGUCAUCGACCACUAGCACCAUUGCCUACAACAAGCUCGCAGCCGACCCCUGGAUGUCGGCAACAAGCAGCUUCUCAGCUACAUCUGCAACACACAGCUGGCUGUAAGGCUAUGGAGGAAGAGAUUCCAAAGGCCACCGUUACGCGACUUGCUAGGGAUUCGAAUGUGAAUUCGAUCUUAGCCAUCACCCAUACUCGCCAUCGCCUUGACGGGACCCUCUAUAUCUCAGCCAUAAUGCGUGCAGACCGGAUUAUGGGGUCAUGGGACAGGGUCAAGGCCAGCUUGGCGGCCGCAGCAUCAGUGGCAGAUCCUAGCACCCUUACGGUCACGGUCACGGACUGUGAACCGGACGAUUCUCUCGGAGAAUGGCCAGACUUGGUCCUGGUCACUGCUAAACGGGGAGGAACGCAGUGCUCUGUGCAGGACUGGACAGGGGACCUGGUCGGUAAAGAGAGCGACCAGGACAGCGAUUCUGAAUCAGAUUGCUCGUCCAAAGGAUCUCAGUAUGUGCCCAAUCAGCCGCGACGCACCCAUGAGCGAUGGAAACCAGAGGAUGAUGCGGUGCUCAAGACAUGGUCGGGAAAACGGGGUGAUAUCACCAGAAUUCAAAACUCACUCGGAUCAAAGCGUUCCUUGGGCGCAAUCCAGAUCCGCAUUCACAAAAUGAAUAAGUCUUGGCAAAAGGGUGCCAAAAGAGAUGAAGAUGUCUAG